GAGUAAGUCAAUUAUCAAAGGGACAUUUCACAUUAGUAGUCUAGCACACAACUCUUCUCGUGCACAGCUAAAAGGUAUCCCUCUUCAUUUGUGAAAGUUGUGAAACUGAAGCCUUCAGUAAAACAUAAAGUGAAGCCUAUUUCUACACUACAAAAAACCUACCACUAUAGUGAAACCAAGCACUUCAAUCUUUCCUUGUUAAACCCACAUCUCCAACUUUCUCAAAAUCCAAUCUUUUGACCUCCAGUAGAAACCAAGAAUCAAAAAAAGAAGCAUGAUUUGAUUCAUCAAGAUUGAGCUAAUGGGGUUAACCAGAAACCCCUCAAGAUUUAUCCCUCUUCUUCUUCUCCUCAUUUUAACCUCUCUUCAACUCAUCCCUCCCUCCAAAUCUGCACCUGAUUUCAGCAGCAUAGUGUACAAGGGGUGUGCAAAGCAGUCUUUUCCAGAUCCAACAGGAGUGUAUUCUCAAGCACUUUCCUCCUUGUACGGCACCCUUCUCACACAGUCCUCAAAGUCCAAGUUCUACAAGACUUCAACUGGCAGUGGGCAGUCUUCAAUCUCCGGCCUUUUCCAAUGCAGAGGUGAUCUAUCGAAUCUUGAUUGCUACACCUGUGUGAGCAGGCUGCCCAUACUCAUAGACAAGCUCUGUGGCAAGCCUAUAGCCGCAAGAAUGCAGCUUUCUGGCUGCUACAUGCUCUAUGAGGUUGCUGGCUUUGCCCAGAUUUCUGGGAUGGAAAUGCUGUAUAAGAGCUGUGGUGGGACUAAUGCUGGUGGAGCUGGCUUUGAGCAGAAGAGGGAUACUGCUUUAAAUUCUCUUGAAAAUGGGAUGAGUGGUGGGUUUUUCACCACCAGUUAUGAGGCUGUUUAUGUGCUGGGGCAGUGUGAAGGUGAUGUGGGGGCUAAUGACUGUGUGGAGUGUGUGAAAAAUGCAGCCCAGAGAGCUCAGGUGGAGUGUGGGAGCUCCAUCUCUGCUCAAAUCUAUCUCCACAAGUGCUUCAUUGGCUAUAGCUAUUAUCCUAAUGGGAUCCCCAAGAAAUCAUCUCCUUCAUCUUCAGGUAGGGGAGGGCCUAAUACAGGGAAGACAGUGGCUAUCAUUGUGGGAGGGGCAGCAGGAGUGGGGUUUCUGGUCAUUUGCUUGCUUUUUGCUAGAGGUUUAUUGAAGAAAAAAGAUGAUUACUAAGAACUCUGUAUACACCACAAUUGUUUGAGGGCAGAGCUGUUUUUGUCUUUGAAAAUACACGAACUAGAAAACCACUGGUGGUGUUUUUCUUUCUUUUAAGGAAUGUGAAUUCCCAGGUUGUUAAGUUUGAAAUAAAACUUAAUUGUAGAGAUUUGAGUAGUGGAAGUCGGUUUUUAGAUUGUGUAGAUUUGUUAAUUUAAUUUAGGGAUAUAUAUUCAAAUAUUUGAUGUCAGGUAGGAAAUGUUGGUGAAGAACUUGUGUUUGGUCCAAUGGAGGGAAUCAACUUGUUAGUGAGUAGUAGUACCAACAGAUUUUGGCCUUUUAUUACAUUCUCCAUGUGAUUUUCUUU